AUGGCGAGGUUAGGAAAAAAAUCGCUCCCUGCACCGUACCCGCUGACGUGGGGUAGGAAAAGGCAUUCUGUGGCACGUAGACAUGUCGCGCUAAGGGGAAUGACUGGCAGCGGCAGACUUCCUGUCAAUUUGGGGCGAUCUGCCGCUAAUCGGCAGUUACCCCCAGAGCCCGUGCUUUCACAUGAAUCGCACUCGCUAUACGGAAAUCACAAUCAACUCGGCUCCUUUGAAUCAAUGCCACAGGCACUAGUACCAUCCAUGGAACGCAUUGCGUCGACAUGUCAAACCGUCUCUUAUCGUCCGCCCCAUGUCGAAGCGCUAGCCAUCCAGCUGAAAUAA